GUUGCUUACAUACACUUCUUCAGUUUUCGUGUGGCGUAGUUCUCGGCUCCAGCUCUCCCUUCCCUCGGCUGACACUGACAGGCAAAAUGUUUCUCUUUUUCUUGACUUUGUUUUCACCAACCACUUGGACUUUGCUGGCAGUGUUUUUUACCCUACUAAUGCUGUAUGGCAUUUGGCCAUUUAAGGUGUUCAAGAAAAUGGGAGUACCCGGACCAAGACCACUUCCUUUUAUUGGAACAAUGCAUUACAUGAGAAAGGGUUUUGUUGCUUUUGAUCGUGAGUGCCAAACCAAAUACGGGGACGUGUGGGGAUUGUAUGAUGGACGUACACCGACAUUAUUAGUGUCAGACCCUGAGAUCAUAAAAACUGUGAUGGUCAAGGAGUGCUACUCAGCUUUUACCAACCGCAGGGACAAUGCAGUGGCAGGACCUUUAGAUGAUGCAGUAACAAAUGUCAAAGACGAAAGGUGGAAAAGAAUUCGGAGCUCUUUAUCACCAUGCUUCACCAGUGGAAGACUGAAACAGGUUUUUCCCAUCGUUGCUCGUUAUGCAGACCGACUUGUUGAAAAACUUGGACAAACCAAUUUGGAUGAGCCAGUCGACAUCAAACAAUUCAUGGCACCUUACAGUUUGGACGUUAUUACCAGUGUGUCUUUCGGUGUUGAGGCAAACUCCAUAAACAAUCCAGAUGACCCACUUGUUGUUCAGCUCAAAAAGAUUAUGAACUUAAAUUUUUGGCCAAUAUUUCUAACAAUGGUAUUUCCCUUUGCCAGCCAUCUGUUGAAACUCCUAGAUAUUGAAAUGAUGCCCAGACCCAGUGUUGAUUAUUUCUUCAACAUCAUCAAGAAAUUGAAAGAGAAGCAUCAGUCUGAAAAAUCACUCCGAGCAGACUUCCUGCAGGUGAUGGUUCAAAAUGAGAUACCAGAUUCAGAGAUAAAGAAUGAACAAGAGCAGCCAAGUAAAGGUUUGACUGAAACUGAGAUACUUUCCCAAGCUUUCAUCUUCAUCUUUGGUAGCUAUGAAACCACCAGUACCACUCUCAGUUACAUCCUUUACAACCUGGCCAUCAACCCCGAUGCCAUGCAGACCUUGCAGGAAGAAAUUGAUACCAACUUACCAAAAGAUGCUCCCAUAUCUUAUGAGGAUCUGACCAAUCUAGAGUACCUGGACCAUGUUAUUAAUGAGUCAAUGCGAUUGGUUCCUACUGCACCACGGCUUGAGAGGAUGUGUAAAACACCUGUCCAGGUCCACGGCCUCAACAUCCCUGAAGGAACCAUUAUUGGGAUUCCUGUGAGCAUUGUACACAUGGACCCACGAUUUUGGAGUUCACCUGAGAAGUUCAGACCAGAGAGGUUUAGUAAAGACAGCGGUGAGGAAGUGAACCCAUAUGCAUUCCUGCCGUUUGGGCUCGGUCCUCGUAAUUGUGUCGGGAUGCGUUACGCCAUGCUCACUAUGAAGUUGGUUCUUGUCCGUCUCCUGCAGAGUUACUCUUUGGAAACAUGCAAAGACACCAUGAUUCCUUUGGACUUCAACUGGAAGUUUCAGCCAUUAAAGCCAAUAAAGCUCAGUUUUGUCCCCAGACAACAGUAGUUCAAGACAGAGCAUCUCCAAACAUACCAAUAUUUGAAUUGGUUCUACUCUUACUUAACAGAUUGGAAAUGUUUUAUGUCUAUUGAUGAGCAUGCUGAACUGUGGAGUCCCCCAAGGGUCAAUAUUGGGACCAAUUUUAUUCUCCCUCUACAUGCUCCCUCUUGCUACAUUAUACAAAUACACAACAUUCAGUUUCACUGCUACGCUGAUGACACACAGCUGUAUUUCCCAAUUGAUCAAAGGUCUCCAAACCUCACAGACCUCAGCAAUUGUUUUACAGACAUAAAAAAAUGGAAAAAAGCUGACAAAACUGAAAUUUCAAUAAUUGGCACUGAUAAGUUGCACCCAGAUGUCCUCUCCUCCCUUGGUCCUCUAUCUGUUAAUGUGAAGAAAACCUGGGUUUGACCUUUGAUAGCAAUCUAUCAAACAUACAAAACAAGUUGUCCCGUCAUGCUAUUACCACCUCAGGAAUAUUGCUAAGAUAAGAUCAAUGCUAUCUUUUAACCAAACACAAACAAUCAUUCAUCGCUUCACGAUUAGAUUAUUGUAACAGUCUUUUAACAGGUAUAAACCAAAAAUUAAUCAGUCGUCUCCAAACGUGCAAAAUUCAGCUGCGAGACUUUUAAUAAAAACGAAGAAGAGAGAUUAUAUUACUCCUGUUUUAAUGACCUUACACUGGCUUCCCAUUUCUUUUAGGAUUGAUUUUAAUGUUUUAUUUCUUACUUUUAAAGCACAUCACGGUCUGGCCCUGGAAUAUAUUUUUGAUCUGCUGUCCCCUUACCAGCCAGUGCACAGCCUAAGAUCCUCAGGCAGGAACCUCCUAACUAUUCACACUUCAAACUUAAAAACCAAAGGAGACAGAGCAUUUGUAGCUCGGGCUCAUUGGCUGUGGAAAGACCUGCCUGAGGAUUUCAGACGAGCUACAUCAGUAUCUUCUUUUAAAACACUUUAAAAAAAACAUUUUUAUCGUGAAGCCAAUUUAUAAUCCUUGUUUCAUCCAUGAUUUCCAUCCAUUUGUUUUACUGUUAACUUUAGUCAAACUUUGUCUCGUUGUUUCUCUCUUUUCUGUUAAUUGGAUGGUUGCUGCGUUGUUGUUCUAUUUUUCAUGCUUUUUAAUAGGAUUUUAAUGUUCUGUAUUUGACUGUUGGGAUUCUUAUAUUCUGUAAAGCACUGCAGUGGUAGAUAAACCUUGAGUGUCUUUUGUAAUAAAUGAAAGUUGAUGGAUCCAUGACAAUGCACAAUACCUGUGUAAGAAAAUAGCCUACCGGAUUCAGUCAUAAUAAAUUUGCCAUUUGCAAGAAAAUUUACAAUAAAUGGAUACAAACACUGGA